GUUUUCCUUUGUCUUUAAAGAUUAUAACCAAAGGGCCUUUCGCAAUGGAAUCUUGCACCCCCCUGCCUAUCAUCGUCUUCAAAGAUUCUGAUUUGAAUGCAAUAUCCGUCACUUCCCGCAGGUGCCUUCCUUGCCGCUGCUCUGGUCCUUGUUCCUUUGCCUUGGCAUUGGCGGGCUCGUAACAUCGGGACUCUUUCCAUCAUAUCAUGGUUGUUUGUUGUGAAUAUCAUUUAUGGCAUCAAUGCUAUUGUAUGGAACGCAAACGUCAACAACCCCGCUCCAGUUUGGUGCGAUAUCACUACCAAGCUCAUUAUCGGUGCAAAUACCGCACUGCCAUUGGCGACUAUGUCUGUGUGCAAACACCUUGAACUCGUGUCGUCAAAUCGUCAAGUACGCUUCGAUCACGUUGAUAAACGGCGCCGCAUUAUCUUCGACACAGCAAUAUGCUUUGGAGUCCCUUUAAUCUUUAUGGCUUUGCACUAUAUUGUGCAAGGUCACCGAUAUGACAUCGUUGAGAACUUUGGCUGCCAACCUACAACAUACUUUUCCAUCGCAGGCAUCAUAAUCGUUUGGUUGCCGCCCCUGGUUUUUGCAACGGCCACACUUAUAUACGCAGCUCUCGCGCUGUAUCAUUUUGUUUGCCGACGCAUGAAUUUUUCCGCUCAUUUACAGAAUGCCAACUCAGCCCUUACAACGCAUCGUUAUCUUCGCCUUAUGGCAAUGGCCGUCACGGAAAUUGUGUGGGGGACUGCGUUGACAGCCUUCAACCUCUACAACAACGCUGAUUCGGGCUUGCGACCUUGGAUCAGCUGGCAGAACGUUCACUCCGAUUGGCUCCGCAUUGACCUCUUUGCGUUCAUCGAACUCCCGCCUUCGUUCAUUAAAAGCAUGUUCUUGUUGUGGUGGGCGAUGCCCGCCAGUGCAUACAUAUUCUUUUUGUUCUUUGGCUUUAGCGACGAGGCGAGGAGGGAGUACGGCAAGAUCAUCAAAGCUUUCCGAAAACAUGUCCUGAGACAGUCGAUCAAGGAUGUUAGCUUUCAUGGAUCAAAUCUGCCAAGUGCCAGGCAGGUUCUCGUUGUGCUCAGAAUCCCAUUUGCUGACAUUUGCUUCAGACAUCGUGGUCCAAAAAUUACACCUCCCCCCUCGGUGCCCCUCGCUGACGACAAGAAGUUGUUCAACGAGAGAUCCUCGUCACGCUCUACCCCAAUUCCGUUCAGACCCCCCAAGAAGCUCAAUCACGUCACUUUCCCGAAUGCAUCUGAUAUUCUUCUCACCAAGUACGCUCCCGACAUGGAAGCGGGCCUUUCAAACGAUUCUCACUCAGACCAAAUGUCCGACUCUCUUAUACCCUGGGAGCACUCAUCCCAUCAGCCAUCUCAGCGGCCAUCACUAUCAUACGAUUGCCCUCAUCCACGUGCCCUCACUACAUCAAUCGUUGUUGGGGCUGGUCCCAAGCCUUCACAUCCUCAUGUCAGGCCUUGGAGCCCACCAACUGUGUUGCCUUUUCGCAGUGAUAGAUCAGCGUCAUGAGCGCUAUGGCACUGACGUUAUAGAUCAACCAGAGCCCCCUGAUCACCAGGGGAUGUUCUUGCUUGUGCCCUCGUAUAAACCUUUCGUCACGUUCCUUGACAUCAUGGCAAGUUCCCCACAGUAUUCAAUCUAGGAAUAUUUCGCAUUCAUGUAUAUAUCU